AUGGAAACGUCAACGAUUCAAAAAUCACGUUCAAGAAACAAACGAAGCAAUGCUAGCAAAAUAUCGCAACAUACUGACAGUAUCGUGGAAGAUACAUCCAAUCAGGAUGUAAAAGAAGAAGUACCAAAGAAACCGGCAAUGAAAAAGAAGAAAUCUGAAAACGUUCGUAAAAUGUUUGUUUCUAGCCUCGAUCUUUACGAUGAACCUUUAAAAUGGUGGGAAACGGAACACGUGAAAUACGCAUUAAAUUAUCCACCGGUGAAAUCGAAACUGGAGAAAGUAAUGGGAUCUCCAAUUGUGCGAUUCACCGAUCGUAAAUACAUGAUACAACUCGCAUCUAACAUUAUCAAAGAUCACGAGGAACAACAAAAAAUUCGUAUCGAGGGGAGAAAGUUGGCGCCACCUUCGAUUAUAUCUCAAUUAAUGAAAAUAUCCUAUAAAACACUCUCCGAUAAAAUAAAGCAACAAGACUUUAGUAAACUAAAACUUUAUGUCUAA